AUGAAACCUCUUACAUUGUUCAAGAAGAACAGCCUAGUUCGAAAAUGGUCGAUCAGACGUCAAAAUAACAACAACAAUAAAAAGAACAAACCGCCAAAGAAACAGCUGGCUGCACUCACCAAGGAACAAGAAUCGGCAAUGGCUUCAUUGUCAGAAUAUGCAAGUCGGAAUUUUGAGAAUGCCAUAGAAGAAGACAAAUUACGUUCCUUGCUGGAAGACAAUAACUGGAACCUGAAACGGGCCAUGGCCGAAUUAAACGAUUGCGAGGAGGCGUACCACGGCUUGCUGCACGGACCUCCACCCGCGAACGAGUCGCUCCUUGGUUGUGAAAACGACGGUGGAACCAGUUGCUACAUUGAUGCUUUACUAUUUGCAAUGUACACUUCAUUAACGGCUUUUGAUCCAUUACUCACAACCGAUACAUCUUCGGGCCAAGCAGCAAAACGAGACUUGCAGACAUCGCUACGACUUUUUGUAAACAUUAUGCGAAACGGCCAACUCGUUAAAAAGCAUAUUGUGCGACGACUGCGCAAGUCAUUAGAAGAGGCAGCUUGGCGAGGAAGGAAUGAGCGAGGAUUUUGGAAACAAGAGGAUGCAAGCGAGUUGCUCCUGUUCCUGACCGAGACCUUUGAUCUUCCAUUUUUGCCAUUCCAAAUGCGGUUAUUUCAUGGUGCAAAUAGGGACGUAGACGACGAUCGUGUAACGACAGACCGAGUUCUUUCGCUCUCCAUACCGUCCGACACGACAAAGGUUCUUCGUCUUGAAGACAUCUUGUUCGAACAUUUUUACAACAGCAUAGUCACAGGCGUCAAGCGACAAGUAGACUGGCACGAAGCACAGAGUCACUCGCCUCCUGGUUCACCCACCAGUGCCAUCAGCACAUCUUCGAUCGCCAAGAAUAAUAUCAUCUUCAAAGAGCAUCAACGGCAGCAAGAGAUAGCAGUUAAUGCGUGGCAGGUCCUCGAACUUUUACCUUUUUACAGCGGCAUUAGCGAGCAAGGUGUACGGAUCGAGUCUCAAAACCAGGGGGCCUUUCCGGAUUCUCGUAUGGUGUUACCGAUCAUUCUCAAACGGUAUCGAUGUACGGCUCUCGGUCGAUACAUUAAAGACCAGCGAAGCGUUAUUAUACCUCCAGAUAUCCAUUUCAACAAAUUUCUGAAUCAAAAUGCAGAAGACCCUGUUUGUGAUACUUGCGGUCGGAAGGUUGAAGGCGUCAUGCGGCUGCGGAGCGUAGUCUGUCAUAAAGGCAGCUCGCCUCAUAGUGGCCACUAUAUAGCGUACUCAAGAACUGUAGAUCGUGAUAAUGAAGUCUGGUUGAAACUAGGCAAGGUUAAAACGCUUACUGGACGCCAGCAUGAGCAAGAGAUUUAUCGCGAGCUUGGGAAGGACGGCUAUCUGUUUUUCUACGAGUUAGACAAAGCCUGUGACCAUCCGGCUGAAGAGAAAAUGGCUCGCGAUGAUGGCCGACGAGCUUCGAGCAGCAGCAGCGGUACGGAUAAAGAUGAAAGAGCUGGAAUAUUGCAAAAGAUCCAUUAUGCUGAGGAGGAGAAUUCAGCACCCAUGUUGAACCCUGCGCCACCAUCCCUCCCACGUCGACAUGCACCUGUCGUUCCACCGGAGCUACCUCCUAGAUCACCACCAGUGCCUGUACAUGACCAUGAUAAUAAGCCAACACGUCCAUCCUUAGAUCCUGUCGAAGAUGCAGCUACUACUGUAGUUACAACACCGCCCCCUGCUGAUCCACCACAAACCCAGAGGAAGUCGAUUCGAAGAAGCAAAGACAUCUCGUGCAAGACUAUGUAA